CUAUACUCUCUAGUACUAGGAGCAGUCCAGUUCCAAACCGUCCAGGUUUAGGUUCCCAUCCAUCAUCAGUUGGAACCUAGCUUCGUAUACAUAAACUACCUGUAGAGUUUACAAUAGUAUUGUAUACCCUGAAACUCGACUGAGUCGGAUAUUGUAUGAAUAUUCUCAGUGAUGGAUAUCUGUAAAUCAGAGAAAUUCUUGGUUAGGAAAACCCAUGUGAAGGUUCGGUUUUAGUCCUAGCUCCAGGUUGGGUUUCAUAUCUAGACCCUAAGAUAAAUGUGAGAUGCCUGGAGGAGAGGAAUAUUUGGUUGCUCUGGGUCACAUUCCAGUAGAGGAGGAACAGGGGGCUGGAUUAAACAAGAAGAAGGGAUUAUGGAGUGGGAUCAAACAGAUCUUCCAUGCCAAACCUCGGAGGACAUCACGUCAUCCUCGGAGGCAGCUCUCCAGUGACUUGUCCUCCAUGAGCUACUCCUGCCUCGGAGAGGCGAGGAGGGACGAGGAGGAGGAGUAUAUGAGGAACCAGGCCGCCAGGAGACUCUCUAGAAACCUCUCCUUGAGUCAUGAGAGCGUGUUUCAGAUAGAACCCAAUCUUAUUCAGGCUGAAGAGACAAGAUCAUCUCUCCUUGUAUCAUCUCGAACCUACAGCUCAACCGCCAUUCCUUCCGCCUUCAUCCGCCACCCGUCAACUCACAUGCCCAGCCAACCGACGGCGGUUCCCCGACCGCCGAUUGCACUGCAGAGUGAGCUAGCUGCCGUGCUACGAAACCGUCAGAUGAAAGAAAGGACUCUGAGUAAACGAUCCUUAGAUCUUACAGAUGAUGAGGAUCUGGGUUUGCCUAAAAGUCUUCAAAACUCUCCAGGGGAUUUCUCCGACGAGGGUCGACCCAAAGCCUGGAGUCGACAUCAUUCAUCCUGCAGCGACAAUUCUUUGCUCUCCCUCGACAGUUUCGACAAUAGGUUGGAGAGAGAUUUAUCUCCCCCCAGGGAUGGAAGCUUGAGCCAUAACGCAGCUCGCCAUAAAAUCUCCGUGAGGCCAAAACGGAACCACGCCGGUCGACCUCGACGUAUGCAGGAGGUUGCAGAGGAACCUCUAGAAGAACCUCUUCAAGAUCAACGACAGAGUCCUCCUGCUAAAGCCCAGCGAGCCCCCCAACUCCCUCCUAUUCCAUCUCUACACGAGGAGAAGGUUCAAACAUCUCCAAGGUCUGCAAACAUACAAGAAUCCAAGAAUAAAUCCCGAAGCCUGGAUGUAAGCUUCAGAGCAAUAACUCCUCCUAGUUCUGUAUUCAUGAACCAGGAUGAAGAUGAUAGGAAGAGUAAACCUAAACCAGAGACCGAUGUUGGAUUCCUAUCAAGGCUGUUUGGGUCAAAGCGGAGUAAAGGGAAGUCGAGCCCAACCAAUAGACAGGAAGAGGAGUAUUCACCCAGAACCAAACCUCACGGAGUAAACCAGGAGAUAAAUCAGACCGGAGCACAACUAGCCGUAUCUCCAGUAUCAGAGCUCAAGAUAAAUCCGUCCUUUAGUCAAGAUAUGGGAACAGAUCAACCUAGAAUAUCUCCGGUAAGGUCCAAACCUAUAAAUAAAGCUAGAGCUCCGCCCCCUCCACCUUGUCACAGCCCCCCGGAGCAUAAAAAGCACAUGAACCAUGACUCCAAGCGAAAGAAAUCCGUCUCAAAAUCUCAGAGUUUCCGUGAGCUUGACUCCGUGUACGGAGAACCAGGAUACCCUAGUCUACCGACCCAACACGUUCCUAACAACGAUAUCAUACUGAAGAAGAACAAGAGUAUGAGUUCUGUCCUAGAGAACGAUACAAGACUCAAGUUCCAGUCUUCUAUUGAGAACUGGAGUUAUGCUAAUGAAGGUUUGAAAAAAUCAAUUUAUAGUUUGGCAGAUCAUCAUCAACCAAUGCCUAGCUCACACUCUAAUGAGAGCCUGAAAACAAUUACAAGUCUACUGGAGGAACCAGAUGUUCUCGUUCAAACCCGUGUAUCCAACAGCGCUCUCAUACCAAACCAGGAAGAGUUCGACUUCUCUAGACGAUCUUCAAUUAAUCCCCAGCUUCAAGCAGGACCCGGAGAUAGGACGAGUCCCAAAUCCUAUUCUAACCCGAGCAAUAUCAAUCCAUACUACGACGUUAUAUUUGACGGAUACAAAGAUUCUGCCCUUCUCCAGGAUCAGGAGAAUUAUAAGGUUGGACCAAAACAGGACAACCCACACGCCAACGUUGACCAACUCGAUGAAAUACCCGGAGCUGAACCUUGCAAUGUUCAGCCUCAGGGUGGAGCUGAAGUUUACAAGUUCAGGUUGAUUAAUGAUGUGGAUUCAAGGAAAAAACUAGACAAUUUAUCCACAGGUUUCUCCGUGCCUCAAUCAGCAGGAAAUAAAUCUUCGAUACUUCCGAAUGAGGAGGAAGCAUUGCAAACCGCAAACCAAUUUAAUCCGGAACCUUCCAUUCCGGCAAGACAAGCAAACCCAAUCAUUGAUCCCAGUGAAUUGUCCCAACCUACUCAAUCUUGGUCCCAAACCAAUUCUAAGACGUCAGUGUUCUAUAGAUCUUCAGACACUUGCCAAUCUAAUUUCAAGGCAGACUCUUUAACCCCUAGUCAGAAAGAACCUACUCAUAUAAACUCAGAGGAGUCUCUACAGUACUCUAGCUUGGAUAUGGAGGAUGAGCAGGAUUGGGAAAACUCUGAGAUGAGAGAUUUAUCCAUCCAGUCGUAUGAGUACCCGGAUAUAAUCCCAGCGUCUCCGUCCGGACAAGUUGUAACAAGAACGAAUUGGGUUUCGGAGAACUUGGUGUCGAGAUCAACUGGAUUUCAGUUAACCCCGGAAAUUGUGUCGGAAGAGUGUGAAAUACCAGGAAAACCAGAUUCCCCACCCACCAGUUCUAAACCAAAACAAAGUGAGUCGGACGUGAAGGAAUCCAACCCACUUGAUCAACCUUAUCUUGACAGACCCAUUCUUAUGGAAGAACACAAACUUUCUCCAAGAUCUGAUCCAGUUACAGAAACCUUGCUGCCCAGUCCCCCUCUCCAUAAUAUUAACAUGCAAGUCGGGCCUGAUCUCUUAUCAAGGGAAGAAUCUCUGGGGCGCGAAAUUGUAAAAAGGAGCGCUGAGUUCCAAACAGAUAUGGAGAAAUCAAAUCUUUAUCCUAACGAGGUGCAAUCUAAACAGGAAAAGGAUUCAUUUAUCUUCACCAAAGGUGGAGUUGAGAAAGAUAAACUUGGUAAUGAUCCAACCAGUCCUUUGCCAGAUCAAUUUAAUGAUACGAAGGAGUGUGUUGAAAAUAUUGAUGGUUCUGAGUCUAAUGAUACUCAGAUCUCCAUUCCUGAGCUAAACCACGAAACUCUGAAUAUCCCCGUCAGUACAUCUCCUAACCCGGAGAUGGUUGAGGUUAAUGAAUCAAUGAGUCUCUGUGAUGAGUCGUCUCAACCUUGUGCAGACCUGAGAGAAGGUUGUGAAUCUAAUGAACCCAGCGACCCGUUUAAACCUAAUGAGAACUGUGACAAUACUAUUAAAGAGUAUUCAAUGACUUCUAAUAUUUUUAACCACAAGGAAAUAAAAUCAACUCCUGCAAGUAAUCCGCGAAAUAUUGAAAAUGAACCGAUUAAGUUAGCUCCGGGCGUUAGGCCUACUCUAGACAACCUAGAGCUAGGUUCAGCUGUCACUGAAACUACUAAGAAAUCUGUAUCACCUGAUCCAGAUUCUCACGGAGAGAAAAACAAAAAACUAUCCGAGCAAACUCAUUCAAACCAACAUGAAACUAGUUCCGUUUUCUCUGUAGAAACAUUGGAGAAUAAUGAACCAGUGAAUCCUGAGAACAAGAGGCCUCAAGUUUCUCCCAAACCUGUUCCUGCUCCGAGGCAUUUCUUCCUUAAACCAGUCUCCUCUCCUCCCUCUCCUCCUGGUCAAGCAAUUAAACCGGGGGAAAAUGAACUGGAGAACGUGUUUGCUCGUCGAUCAAAGAGUAUCCGAAGCUUAAGAGAACCCAAAGCCGAGGAGACAGACGAAAAAGAUUUAAAUUCGUUUUCCAAAAGGUCUAAAAGUGCCCGAAAUCUUGGUGAGAUAAAGAAACAGAACGGAGAUGUAGAAGAUGUCCCCGAAACAUCUGACCUCUUGAUCAACGUAAAGGAACGUGCCAAGAGUUUCUCCGGCUCCCAAAACCUACAUCUUGGUCCUAAACCUUUCCGUCCUGUUUCCAUAGUUCAAGAGAUUCAGCUCAAUAAACCUCUAAAUAUUCCGCCAAAACCAAAGUUAGCAAUCAAACCCGUCCCUGCUCCGAGACAGUUCCGGAGCCUAUCCGGAGCAAAUAUAGAAACUGUGAAACCUGAAAGAACCGGAUCCAGGUCUGCUUCCGACCUGCUGCAGAGCGCUAAGCCUGAGUUCGGCAACAAACCACAUGCUGCAAAAAUACAAGAUGAAAAAUCUGUUAAGAUUUUCCAGGCCUUGGAGAAACCAGAGCAAACUGUUCCUUCUUCCUGGAAACCUAGCCAAACAGUUAAUCAUCCCACCCGGAGUCAGGAGCAGGAGGAAAAGCCCGAACCCCAAGCUGGUGACAGUCUAGAGGAUAUUCAUGUUAGGAAAAUCGUCAAAUCCUUCCAAACUCCUGAACCUACUAAAAUAUCCGAACCUAUCAAAGUGACGGAACCUAUCAGAGUUUCACAACCUUUUAGAGUUUCUGAACCUAUCAAAGUCACGGAACCUAUCAGAGUUUCUGAACCUAUUAAAGUCACCGAACCUAUCAGAGUCUCUGAACCUAUCAGAGUUUCCGAACCUAACAGAGUUUCUGAACCUAUUAAAGUAUCUGAGCCCUUACUGACCAAGGAGGUCCAGCGCCCUGAGAAAUCUGCAAAAAGUCCGGAUAAACCCGUCCGACGGAGUAUCAGAGAAAAGAGCGUAGAGCGGACCCAGACAGAUUCUAAUUGCAAUGUGAUGUCUAUAGUUUCCCGCCUGAACGCUCUAUCUAUGUGAAUAUUGUGAUAUUAUUGGUGAAAUGAAUACAAAAUAUAUUCAAAUAAAUAUUUUUACAACUUUCAA